CAUGCGCAUCGUUGUCACGUUUUGACGCUCCCGUACAAUGCCACUUCACGGCGUUAAAUAUAAACAAAUUAUACGCCAUACUAUUCCUUUCGGUUUUACGCUUUAAAUUUAACGGCUGAAUGCCCGCCGGAUUAUCCUGAACGCAGGAUAAUUCGGAUCAUGCGGCGUUAUUUUUUGCUCUGGUUUUGCAGUGAUGGUGUUGAUUUUAAUGCUGCAGGUCGUGCAGUCGCCAUACGAAAUCCUUUUGCUUAUGGGAAGUAUCCGAUCAGUUGUGGCUUGUUUGUCGCUAGCUAUAGCGAGGAAAAUGAGCGCUGCGGCAGGGCUGUGCGGGCCCGGGACAUCUGCUGCUGCGCCCGGGCUGCUCCGCCUAAAUUCAGUCCCCGGUUACGAUCAAAACCGCGUAAAUGAUGUUCUGCUCUUAAGACCUACUACGGAAACGCAGAGACGAUGCGACAAUGAAACCGAGAACCUGCGGAAAGGAAAUGAUCACGUACUCUUCUUUCCUGGAGACAUUCAGAACUUUCAGCAGGAAAUGGCCCUCCAGCCUGACGCUGCCCCAUGGCAGUCCUGGAGUCUGGAGCGUGUCGCCCUCACCUUGGGCCAUCGUUUCCCUGGCUGCCAUAUCUGGGUCAUCCGCGCAUCCCAAAUGUACCUACACAAGUUCAGCUGCUAUCAGAACUUUGUAGAGAGCAACUUAUUUGGAGCUCCGGAACACUCUCCAGACUACGGAGCUGUUCACCACCUGAGAGCACUCCUGGGUCACAGCAUGCAGCGGGCUGGCCUCCCAAACCCUUUACCCCCUCUUAGUGGUACAUCCACCCCUGGCCCGCUGCCUGCAGGCUUCACCCUGACCAUAGUGGGCUUCAGUAAAGGUUGUGUUGUUCUCAAUCAAAUAGUGUAUGAGCUGGCUGGAGCUCGAGCAGAUCCAGAACUGAGGUUGUUUCUGGACAGUGUUUCAGAUAUGUACUGGUUGGAUGGAGGACACCCUGGUGGCAGUGAGACGUGGGUAACCGAUAAGUGUGCCCUGGGUGAGCUGGCCUCCAGUGGGGUGGCCAUCCACACUCAUGUCACUCCAUAUGAGGUAUGCGACCCAAUGAGGGCGUGGGUUGGGCGCGAGCACCGGCACUUCAUAAAGACUCUGGAAAAUCUGGGCGCUUGUCUAAGCCAGAAACUGCACUUUGAAGAUGAGCCGGCAUCCAUUGAGAAUCACUUCCGCGUCAUUCAGGAGUUCUGACUGUUCUCGAUCUGUGCUUUCACAAGUCUUAACAUGGAAUGUAUUCUUUGCAGAGCAGACAGCUUUGUAUUGCACUGAUAUAUCAGUUAGUCAAAAGCUAUGGGCUUCCAGGCUUUGGAAGAAUAACUGUAUGCUGCCUAUACAGCACUCAUAAAAUACAAGAGAAGAUUAAAGCUUAAUGACCAACCUUGUAAAGCAUUUAGCUGCCUGACAUUAAGCCUAAUUGUUUGCCUGUUGCAAAUACCUACAUCAGCUCUGUCUGAUAUAGUAUAUUUCUUUUGCGUAGUCUGUUUGGAAUGCAGAUAUGCUUUGUAAAAUCAUCACCUCCCUUAUGUUCAAAGGGCUCUCAUUUCCCACAGCAUAGAAAAGAGAAAUUUGAACAUGCUUAUUAUUAAUAUUAUUAUUUAGUUUUUAUGUUGUUAAAUUAAUAAGCAUGGAUUUUCAUCUCAAGUAUGUGUAUCCCUUAUUACAUAUAGAUUCUGUUGAAUGAAAAACUUGUACUGCUAAAGCAUAUAGUCUUA